AUGUUUGAAGAUUUGAUUGAAUAUCAAGUAACGGAAACGAAUAGUUUCGAACAAGAAGAAAAUAUUGUGAAACAUUGUGAUUUGUACAUUUUGAUUCAUGGCUUGCAUGGAAAACAACAAGAUUUUCACUUUAUUGCACAGAAAUUAAAAGAAUUAUAUAAUGAUGAUUCGAAUAAAGAUUCGGAACAUGCCAUUAUUAUUGAUUGUGCUUGUAAUGAAGGGAAAACAGCUGAUGGCAUUGAAAGUUUGGGAGUGAAUGUAUUGAAGGAAGUUUUGAAAAUUAUUUAUGAAAGAAAGGUUUCGUCUUUACUUUCGAAUGGAAAGAAAUUGAAAUUGAGUAUAAUUGGACAUUCUCUUGGAGGAUUAAUCGGAAGAUAUUUCAUCAAAUUGUUAUACGAUCUACCAAAUAAUGAAAAAUCACAUGAUUUACUCCCAGAAUAUUCGAAACAUUUCGUAGAUGAUAUUUUCCCUCAUUUAGUUCCAUGUAGCUUUACAACAAUUUCAACUCCACAUUUGGGUUCUAGAAGACCAGGAGGUGGAAACUAUUUCGGCUCAGCGUACAGAAUAGCAGCUCAUACUUUUCUUUCAAUUCUUGGAAAAACUGGAAAGGAAUUGAUUUUAAAUGAUGGAAAUUCAAUUGAGGAAUCAUUGCUUUAUAGAAUGAGUUUGCCAGAUUCAGAUUAUGUGAAAGUUUUGAAAAUGUUUCCGUAUAGAACUUUAAUUGCUUCGUGUCAUUUGGAUUCGACUGUUCCAUUUCCAUCGGCUUCGAUUCGAUCAUUUAAUCCAUAUUUGAAUAAUGGUUAUGGUGAAGCUUCGAUGAAAAUUGGAGGGAUUGGUGGGGAUUUUUUGGAUUCUCCAGAAUAUGUCUCGUUACUGAGUGAAUUUUUCACAGCUAAAGGAGAAGGAGAAACUGGACUAAAUGAGCGAAUUGAAACAUUAAGGAAAGCAAGUUGGAAAGGAACCGAAAUUGAACCAUUUGAUGGAAUUUCCAACGACAAACACAAAAGUCUCUGUAGGGAUAAUUAUUUUGAAGUUGAAUUUGAAGUGAAAAUGUUGAAAAACUUGCAAGAUAUCAAAUGGAGAAGAAUUGAUUUGGAUUUCACAGUUUCGUCUUUUUUACAAGCAAGAGAAAUUCACGUUGUGGUUGUCAGAAAAAAGAUGCCGAUUAUUGGAAGUUCUGAAAUGGAUCGUUGUGGAGAGAGAUGUGUUAAUUUGGUUACUUUGCUUUCCAAGUUUGAUUCAGAUCAUUUGUUGAACUAA